CGUGCUGUUGUGGGUAGAGAGAAAUGGAUUGUGGGAGUUGUAGUUUUCAGCCACCCGACUCCACGUGACUGUUUUUCAGCAGCCGCGAUUCAGACCUCUGAAUUUCUGCUCAGCUUCUGGCGUAAGUUAUAUUAGCACACUGCUCAGAAAAGACGUUGUAAAAAAACUCACUUGGUCAGAAAAAUGAACUCAAAACGAAAGCAUUUAGACAUCCAGAGCCAGGGCACAGGGAAGAAGAAAGAGAAGCGAGAAGAAGAAGUCAGGAUUUCAGAUGUAAUCAGCGAAGAAGUGGUAAAAAACAGAGUGAGAGAGACUUGGAGCAGGAGAGAGCGAUACUCACAUGAAGCAGGUAUAGAAGUGGAUGCAAACCCAUUCCCCCACUGCAUAAUAAAAGACUUCAUUCAGAGUCAGAGCUUCCUUGAAGGGCUGCAGAAAGAGCUUCUGGACCUGAACUUCCGUCAGAAAUCCAACGACCUGUACAAGUUUAAACAGUCAGCUGACUUAAAAAAGAGGAAAGACUCCCAUAUUUCAGCUCUGAGAAAGGUGCUGUUUGAACAGUUUCGGUCCUGGCUCUCGGAGGUUAUGCAGGUGGAGCUGGAGAACACGGUGGACAUAUCCUGUGCUAAGUAUGAAUACACCGACGUUCUGCUUUGUCACGAUGAUGAGUUGGAGGGAAGGAGGAUCGCAUUCAUCCUUUAUCUAGUUCCCCCGUGGGACAGAAGUGAUGGAGGCACCCUGGACUUGUACAGCACAGAUGAGCAUUGCCAGCCUCAGCAGAUAGUGAAGUCCCUGCUGCCCUCUCUCAACACAUUAGUGUUCUUUGAGGUGUCUCCUGUUUCCUUCCACCAGGUGUCUGAAGUGACCUCGGAAGGGAAGCGACGGCUGUCCGUGAGCGGCUGGUUCCACGGGCGCUCGUUGGAGAGACCCCCCCGGUACAUGGAACCCACGCAGCCCCGGACCCCACACAUACCACGCGAUGAAUCUCUGCUCUAUGAGUGGGUGAACCCCCAGUACAUGGACCUGGCUUACCAGGCACAGGUGCAGGAGGAAUUUGAGGAGAGCUCUGAGAUUCUCUUAAAGGACUUUCUCAAGGCAGACAAGUUUGACAUGGUCUGCGAAGCUCUGCGAAAAUCAGACAUUGUUUGGAAAAGAAGAGGACCUCCGAACAAAAGGUGCUAUGAGUGUGCGGAGGAGGCUGUCCUACCCGAGUGUGUGAGUCAGUGCUGGGAGCUGCUGGCCUCGGAAGCCAUGUUCCUGCUGCUCUCCAACUUCACCGGGCUCAAGCUGCACUACCUGGCGUCUGGAGAUGAUGACGACAACGAUGAAGAAGACGACGACGAGGAGAAAGAGGAGGCUGACGAGACUGUAGCUGGAUCCUCAGACGCUGCCGGGAACUCCAUUGAUGGGCUUGAAGAAAAAGAAGCACCAGGAAAGACCAUGGAAGAGCCGAGCGCUCCUGUGUGCCGUGGGGAGCUGCGGCGGUGGCGGCACGGUGAUUACACCAUCGUUCACGACACCGACGUGGGGAAUGCAGAGUUCGCACUGGACCUGCUGCUCUUCCUCGGCUGCGAAGACUGGCAGACAGAAUAUGGAGGAUUUACGUCAUAUAUUGCAAACGGAGAGGAUGAAGAGCUCUUGACCAUCUAUCCAGAGAACAACUCCCUGGCCCUGGUUUACAGAGACAAAGAGACAUUAAAGUUUGUAAAGCACGUUAAUCACCAGAGCUUGGAGCGUCUGAGGAAAAACCCAGACCGACAAGGAUUCUGCGACUUCUCCUUUGUUUAUUAUGAGUGAUUAAAAACACCCUUGAACUGUACUGGCUGAUGUCCUCGAUCAGGGAGAAACAAAGUGGGGUUUAAGACAGUCGAACCAGUAUGAAACACCUCCGAUCUAGGAUUCCCACUCUGUUCCCAAUCCUGUGGUUUAUCACGUAAGUGACUGACAUGAAAAGACUACUUUGGGGAUUUAUAAGCAGGUUUAAACAUACACGUUGCCCAGGUUUACUCACCUGGAUAUUAGAGCUGCACAAAUCGAUUAUUUGGAUCAAGCUCUCCACAAUCAGGAGAGGGUCCUUGCUGUUGAUCGAGCUGAUUUACCACUCCAAGUGAAACAAGUGAAGAAACAGCUGCUGGGGUUUGUGUGGAUCGCUGUUCUCCAGAGUCUAAGAAAAGCAGCGAUCAUCACAAACCCAAGCAGCUGCUUCUUCACGUGUUUCACUUGAUAUGGUAAAUUAGCCCGAUCAACACCAAUGACUCCUGUCUCACCCGGUUGUCAGCACCUGAUUUCUGCAGACAGGUCACUCCCUGUAAUCCAGUCAUCGGUUCGUGCAGCUUUACUGGGUUUACACAGAACAUUUUAGACAGCAUCUUAACCAGCUGUUAUAAACCGGUUUCACUAUAGCAUUUUGAUUUGCAUUUCUACACAGUUUUAAAGAAAAACAACCAGUCAUUGGAAUCACAAAACAUUUAUACCUAAAGUUUAUUCAUUUUGAAGUAGACAAAGAUAAUCCAUUCCCUUCAUCUUUGAUACACAAUAUCCAGUCACAGAGUUUAACUGUGUUUUCUUUAUAAACAAAAAGCCACUAUUCUACCUGUACACAAAAUUGCAUAAAUAUCAUGUAAUAGCACUGAAUAUUGGAUAUUUCUGCAUAAAAUUAAAAAUGCAUUAUACUUUAGGCUUCUGUUUUCCAGUUUUUAUUCAUUAAAAUUUUCAGUGCUUUUGUACUUGCACACUUACGUUGUCCCUUCUUUCCUUUUACGGUCCUUCUGGUCACGGCACAUUCUUCUCGGGUUUUUGUGUGGAGGCAUUUUUUUUACAUUUCACCACAAUUUGCAA